CAUGUGAAGUGCCGAACCUGAUUUCGAUCGUCUCUCUCUUCCAUACUUUGUUCGUGUCCUUUAUCCGCUACCUUGCAUUUCAUCUUGGCCUUUCCAAAGCAAAUGUUGACUUGAGACUACUACCAUCUAGCUCUUGCUGUGCUCCCAUCACUCAGUCGCCUGUCGGCUAUGCUAGGUUAUGGGUAACCAUACUACUUCCACAAACGGACGGCCGUCGACACUCCAGUACAUCGAUCUUGCUUUCAACAACGACAACGCGGAUGAUUCAGCUUGCGCAUUAGCCUACAAGAUCCAGCCCAAAUGGAGGGAGACUCCAGGCAAGACUGAGAUCGUCAAAUUCACCGAUGGCAUCACAAACACGCUGCUCAAAGUAGCCAAACACAUUCCAGGUCAUUCGCAGACUCAGAUAGACCAGGAUUCGAUCCUUCUCCGUGCCUACGGUAACAACACUGACAUCCUUAUCGACCGAGAUCGAGAGGCGCGAUCACAUGCUUUGUGUGCCGAACGUGGACUGGCUCCUCCUCUGCUGGCAAGAUUCAAGAACGGGCUUCUAUACAGAUACAUUAUUGGUCAGGUUUGCACUCCUCAAGAUCUCAUCAAAGAGCCUGUCUGGCGAGCUGUCGCCAAAAGACUGGGUGAGUGGCAUGCGCGAUUACCGAUUGACUCGGUAUCUGAGUCCAAGGUCACCUCCAAUGGAGUCAACGGGCAUGACAUGGAUGGCACGACUGACGAGGGUGCGCAACGGGAUUUUGACAAUGCUUCGAAAAUGCACAUACCGAAUAUCUGGUCAGUAAUACACAAAUGGAUCAAUGCCUUGCCCAGCGAUACGCCGAAACAAAAGGCCCGAAGAGAUCUACUGCAGCAUGAGUUAGAUCGAUCGUACAAGAACCUCCAUAACGAACGAGGUCCUGGAAAUCACGGACUCGUCUUUGGACAUUGCGAUCUUCUGAGUGCCAAUGUUAUCAUGCUUCCCAACGAUGAUUGCUCGAAUGGCUCCAGUGAGGACGAGGUCAAGGUAUCCUUCAUCGAUUACGAGUACGCGACACCUUGUCCCGCAGCAUUCGACAUUGCCAACCAUUUCGCCGAAUGGGGUGGCUACGACUGUGAUUAUGACAUGCUUCCAACCAAAUCUACACGCCGUCAAUUUCUCACGGAUUAUAUCGACUCGUACAGAGCCCACAGCGACAAGCCCGUACAUGAUGACAUGGUUGAUGUUUUGUAUGACGAAGUCGAUAGAUAUCGUGGUAUGCCCGGGUUCUACUGGGGUGUCUGGGCAUUGAUCCAAGCCACAAUAUCGCAGAUUGAUUUCGACUAUGCCUCAUAUGCCGAGGUACGCCUAGGUGAAUACUUUGCUUGGGGAGCAGAGGAGAAUGGCAGCCGGGCCAAGCAAAACGCCGAGAUGCCCCUACGCGAAAGGAUAUGGGCAGAUCCUUAGAUAAGUAGGAGUAAGAAUCCUACGAGGCUGCUGGUGCCCCUUUGGAAUUCAACUUCCGCGAACAGAUACCUGCCUUUUUGAUAUCAACGUGGGCGGCUUGUCGAGCGUGCCGGGCCCGACGUGUCUAUGCAUAUAUUCAUAUUUAAUAUCUCAGCAUACCUCAGCUUUCUAUGACUUCUUCGAUCAGGAUCUUCCACUGCUUGCCAAUGCAGUCAGAGGCGUUCUGCUUACUCAUUUGUUGUGCCUUCACGUCAUCGUUCUAACUUACUACGUCGUACACCAAAUGCAAGUCAGACGGUGCCUGGCGCGAAUGACUUACAUGACACCUGACUA